AUGUUUCAUCCACGCUCCCAGAUGGCAUUGCGGCCAGAGAAUAUUAAAAAUAUUCGUUCCUUUCGGAAGCUUAUAGAGGUCAUGGAUCAGCAGUAUAGUCAAAUCUCUAUUUCCAUAUUAAUAAUCCAUCUAAUCACGGAGUUGGCAUCAGUGGUAUUGUACGUGUGGACAUCCAUGCAUACAGCUGCCACAUCAGUAAGCGAAUUCCAUUGGGGAAGAACUAUUUUUAUUUUUGAGGUUGUGCUUAAUAUUAUAUUUUUUCUCGAAUGGAUCCUUCUCUUCUUUGGAGAAAGCGAUAAACGACGGUAUCUCUUGUCUUGGCUCUCUAUUGUAAAUGCCAUGACAAGUAUUCCGAUGAUUAUAUAUGGCAUUGGUGCAUUGGUUGACACCAAGUGGGAGAGUUAUUGGGUGCCCAUGUAUUUGCGAGUAUGGUGGAUUCGUGAUUGCGUUGUCGUUCUUUUGGAUUAUCCACAGGUGGCACGAUACAUGGUAGACAUCACAAGAGAAGUAUGCCGAUUUCUUUGCACACUCUUCGCCGUUAUGUGUACUUGCAUCGGUACAAACCAAAUUGUUCAAAGUUGCACUGGAGAAUAUAUUAGUCUAUACAACUCUUUCUAUCUUAUGGUGGUUGCAUUCGCUACCAUUGGGUUUGGGGAUGUAACACCAAAAUCAACACCGGCACGUCUCUUUAUGAUAGCUUUUAUUGUGGUUGCUAUUAGUUAUUUCUUGCCAUUAUUCCAACGUCUAGCACAGAUUGGUCGACAGCAUCUGCAUUAUGAUACGUAUAAUUCUCGCGGCGGGAAACGUCCACAUGUCAUUUUGUCUGGUACAUUCACUGAACUUGAAGUAGAUAUUAUCAUUCGGAAUUUCUACGCCGGUUGGAGAAAGUAUCUUGAUAUUCGAAUUGUGUUGCUUUCACCUGUGGAACACCCACCGGAAGUCAAACUGUUAGUUAAUCUUCCGUGGUUUAGAAAUCGUGUUGUGCUUAUGAUUGGUGAUCCUAUGAAGGAUGCCGACCUUAAGCGUGCAGAUGCACACCAUGCAGAUGCUAUUUUUUUGUUUGGUGACACAAGCUCUGCCGCGUAUUAUACUGACUAUCAUUUGAUUCGGCAGUCCUUUGCUAUUAAUCAUUACGAUGACGAGCUUCCACAAUACCUAUUCCUUCGCAGUGAGCGACACACUAAGCAUGUCUCCUCCUAUGCUGCCGGCGUGGUGGAAGGGGAAAGGAUUUUGCACCAUUUGCUUGGGCUUGGGGUGGCUAUUCCUGGUUCUGUGCCUCUUAUCAUAAAUUUGCUUCGUACAUAUGAACCCCGCCCAUUCAAUACAACACUCACGCGUAACUGGGUAGAACACUACGAAUGGUCCUUGCAGAACGAUAUUUAUUCACUGGAAAUUGGGGAUAGUUUCACAGGACUUAGCUUUUAUUGGUUGGCAAGUCUGUUCUUUAAGCAAGAUGUCACACUUAUGGGUGUCAUUACUACUAAAGGUACAGUGUUGCUUAAUCCAUCUCAGAUUGAUUACUCCGCCACCAAAGUGGUGGUAAUUGCUAAAUCUCUGAAAAUUGCUAGAGACGUAGUAAAAAAGCUGGAGAAUGAGUGUCGGCUCCCUGUUGUUGAUUCUGCAGCUCGACCAGAGUCGAACCGUUUGGUACUAAACUGUGAGGGAAAUGCGACUGUGGAGAGUCAAGAUGACUCUGAUGGCGGUGUUGAAACAUUUGUACGUGUGGAUGACGCUUAUGACUUUGAGAAUCACUUUGUCAUUAUUGACCUCUCUAUGGCAAAAGCCAGAAUACCUGAGACGGAAGGAGGUCAGCAAGGAUCUCUCUUUUCUGCAGCAGCAGAUGUUUACCAUCUGUUGCGCUCCAUUCGCCAAUCCUACCCCCAAAACGACAUUGUCAUGUUAACAAAAGAUACUUCAUUCUCAGUCUACCUUGAAAAGUACUGGUACACGGUAAAAGGAACCAUUCCUGUUAAACACAUAGAGGGAUUUGGAUUGAAUAUAAACGAUCUUCGACGGUGUAAUCUGAAACAUAGUGCUGGUAUCAUUAUAUUUAUCUCCGGAGAUGUUACUGGGCCAUCAACCAGUGGACUCUCUAUGCUUGUGGACCUCUCAAUCGCCUCAAUUCUUCCAUCGUCACACAACAUACCCAUUGUGGUAGAAAUGGAUAGUCUUCGUUACAUCUCUCUUUUCCCUCCUUAUGCUGAAGACAAUAUCCUCAGUCAAAAGGCUGCGGCAGAUUUCGUGUUUGAACCCAAUUAUAUUAUCGGUAAUGCCCUUAGUAGGCAUAUGUUGUAUCCUUUGAUGCACCGUGCGUACUUUUCAGAGGAGUUUAUUGAUAUUAUCGAGUUGCUUGUGUGUGGUAUAGACGAAGAAACACCUUCACUUGGGAGACUUUCUCUUUUACUAUCCCCUGAAGAUUUAAAUACAUAUGAAGAUGUUGUAAAUUACUGCCUCAGUCUGCGCUAUAUUCCUAUUGCUCUGCAUCGUUGCAUUUCGGAUACAAAAAAUAUAACACUUAGCGGGCAACGCUAUGUUCUUUCGAAUCCACCUAGAGAUCUGCCGGUCGACCGUAGAAGUGAUGCGGUCUUCUACUUAUUACCAACCUCAUAUUGA